CCUCUCUUUUUCAUCCCCCCUCAAACCCGUGUGCUUGUCGUGCCUCCGCCAGCUGGCAGCUGCACACAGGACGGGCAGAGCUAUAGCGAUAAGGAUGUGUGGAAGCCCGAGCCGUGUCGAAUCUGUGUGUGCGACACCGGGACCAUCCUCUGCGACGAGAUAAUCUGCGAGGACAUUAAAGACUGCCCUAACCCAGAAAUACCUUUCGGAGAAUGCUGCCCCAUCUGCCCCGCCGGCGAGACCUCCCCCGGUGAGCAACCUGGCCGUAAGGGACAGAAGGGUGAACCAGGAGAUAUAACAGAUGUUGUAGGACCAAGAGGACCGGGAGGCCCAAUGGGACCUCCAGGAGAACAAGGACCAAGAGGCGAGAGAGGAGACAAAGGUGACAAAGGCAGUCCCGGCCCUCGCGGCAGAGAUGGUGAACCCGGCACUCCUGGCAACCCCGGACCCCCUGGACCACCCGGACCCAACGGUCCCCCUGGCCUUGGCGGAAACUUUGCUGCUCAGAUGGCAGGAGGUUUUGAUGAGAAAGCUGGUGGUGCUCAAAUGGGCGUGAUGCAAGGACCAAUGGGCCCCAUGGGUCCCCGAGGGCCACCCGGCCCCACUGGCGCUCCUGGCCCACAAGGUUUCCAAGGCAACCCCGGAGAGCCUGGUGAACCCGGAGCUGCUGGUCCCCUUGGUCCCCGUGGUCCCCCUGGACCUUCUGGCAAGCCUGGUGAAGAUGGUGAAGCUGGCAAGCCUGGUAAAUCUGGAGAGCGUGGCUCACCUGGGCCCCAGGGUGCACGUGGUUUCCCAGGAACCCCUGGACUCCCCGGGAUCAAAGGACACAGAGGUUACCCAGGUCUAGACGGGGUGAAGGGAGAGGCUGGAGCUGCAGGCGCAAAGGGUGAAGCUGGUUCUCCUGGUGAGAAUGGCGCUCCCGGUCCCAUGGGUCCACGCGGUCUCCCCGGCGAGAGAGGGCGUAAUGGACCUGCUGGUGCUGCUGGUGCUCGUGGUAACGAUGGUCUGCCUGGUCCCGCUGGUCCUCCUGGCCCCGUGGGUCCCGCCGGUGCUCCAGGCUUCCCCGGAUCUCCAGGUUCUAAGGGUGAAGCUGGUCCCACAGGUGCUCGUGGUCCUGAGGGAGCUCAGGGCCCAAGAGGCGAGUCCGGUACCCCCGGCUCUCCGGGCCCCGCCGGCGCUUCUGGUAACCCUGGUACUGAUGGGAUCCCCGGAGCUAAAGGUUCAGCUGGUGCUCCUGGUAUUGCUGGUGCUCCUGGCUUCCCUGGACCACGUGGACCCCCUGGACCUCAGGGUGCAACUGGGCCUCUUGGGCCAAAAGGUCAACAGGGUGACCCCGGUAUUCCAGGAUUCAAGGGUGAACACGGUCCCAAAGGCGAGCUCGGCCCUGCUGGUCCUCAAGGUGCCCCCGGCCCGGCUGGAGAGGAAGGAAAGAGAGGCGCCCGAGGAGAGCCUGGCGCUGCCGGCCCACUCGGACCCCCCGGAGAGAGAGGUGCUCCCGGUAACCGUGGUUUCCCAGGUCAAGAUGGUCUUGCAGGUCCCAAGGGUGCCCCUGGCGAGCGUGGUCAGCCCGGUGUUGGCGGUCCCAAAGGUGCCAACGGUGAUCCCGGCCGCCCCGGAGAGCCUGGCCUGCCCGGUGCCAGAGGUCUUACUGGUCGCCCUGGUGAUGCUGGUCCUCAAGGCAAAGGUGGUCCAUCUGGUGCCGCUGGUGAGGAUGGUAGACCAGGACCCCCUGGCCCCCAGGGUGCCCGCGGUCAGCCUGGUGUUAUGGGAUUCCCCGGACCUAAAGGAGCCAACGGUGAGCCCGGAAAGGCUGGCGAGAAGGGAUUGGUUGGCCCUCCAGGUCUAAGAGGUCUGUCCGGUAAAGACGGAGAGACAGGCGCUGCAGGACCCCCAGGCCCGUCUGGCCCAGCUGGCGAGAGAGGAGAGCAAGGUCCCCCAGGACCUUCUGGAUUCCAGGGUCUGCCCGGACCUCCCGGCCCCCCAGGUGAAGGUGGCAAGCCAGGUGACCAGGGUGUUCCCUCAGAAGCUGGUGCAGCAGGCAGAGCUGGUCCCAGAGGCGAGCGUGGUUUCCCUGGCGAGCGUGGAUCUCCAGGUGCUCAGGGUCUUCAGGGACCCCGAGGUCUGCCAGGAACUCCCGGAACUGACGGCCCCAAGGGUGCGACUGGCCCAUCUGGUGCAGUAGGAGCCCAGGGACCCCCCGGCCUGCAGGGAAUGCCCGGUGAGAGAGGCGCUUCGGGGAUCUCCGGAGCCAAGGGUGACAGAGGUGACGUUGGUGAGAAGGGACCCGAGGGAGCUUCCGGUAAAGACGGUUCACGAGGUCUGACCGGUCCUAUUGGUCCACCCGGCCCAGCUGGUCCUAAUGGAGAGAAGGGUGAAUCUGGUCCCUCUGGCCCUCCUGGAGCAGCUGGAACCCGCGGUGCCCCUGGUGAUCGUGGUGAGAAUGGUCCCCCUGGGCCUGCUGGAUUCGCUGGUCCCCCUGGUGCUGAUGGCCAGCCUGGUGCUAAAGGAGAGCAAGGAGAAGGUGGACAGAAGGGAGAUGCAGGUGCCCCAGGCCCACAGGGUCCUUCUGGAGCUCCUGGCCCACAGGGCCCAACUGGCGUGUCCGGACCUAAAGGUGCCCGCGGUGCCCAGGGACCUCCUGGUGCAACUGGUUUCCCUGGUGCUGCUGGCAGAGUUGGUCCUCCUGGCCCCAACGUAAGAAAACAUUUGUGAUCCGGGUUCGAGCGGGGUGCAGCUCAG